UAUUAUUCUUGUAAAAUGCUCUCUCCAUUACUGUUGUCACUCUCUAGUCAGGGGGUCAAAAAUGGUGAGAGAGCAAUCCGAGAUCUCUAUGGACUAUAUAAAUCUACCUGAUCCAUCGGCUGGAGGUUUUGCCUCAAAGAGCCGCACUGGUGAAGACAGCGCAGAGACUCCUGCCGUGUCCGAUUCACAGCAUAUUUCCCUGACCGAAGAGAGAGAUGAGUUGAAGAGGAGACUGAAAAUCUUGGGAUGGGUGUAUUUCAGCGGUAGUGUCUAUUACAUUUCUUCCACUGAGAGAACCUGGCAAGAAAGUAGAAAUGACUGUCUUCAAAAAGGUGCAGACCUGAUGAUUAUCAACAACCAAGGAGAACAAAAUUUCACACGCCAAUUCAAGAAGUACAUGUGGAUGGGACUCCGCUGA